UCUCUGGUCACGUGGUCGGGUUUCGCGCCAAUUUAGAAGGAAGAGAGCGGCGCCACAGUUCAACAGAUUGAGCACUUGCCGAUACAACGACACAGUCACUGACACAGUCACUGCCACCUCACUGCCACAGUCACUGAUACAGCCACUGAUACAGUCACUGACACAGUCACUGCCACAGUCACUGCCACAGUCACUGAUACAGCCACUGAUACAGUCAUCCACAGUCACUGACACAGUCACUGAUACAGUCACUGAUACAGCCACAGUCACUAACACAGUCACUGACACAGCCACUGACACAGUCACCAACAGCCACCAACGCUCGCACACUAACUCCUAGCGCCCUACGAAUACGCACACAACCUAACAACUUGUGUUACAAUAAUUAACUCAGUGUAACGUAGAUAACUGUACAGCACUGUGUAACAGACAACGCGCUUGGUGAGCGACUCGGCUGCCUGGUGAGCAAGGACCCGGUCACCACCAUGAGCAAGGCGAAGGACGCGACAGCCCCUGGAGUGAUUUUAAAUUACCUGAAUCACCAGAAUCGCCCAUACAGUGCUCAAGAUAUACAGGGAAACCUGAACAAGCAACAUGCCUUCGGAAAGACGGCUGUGGUAAAAGCCCUGGACCAACUUGCUCAGGAAGGGCAGAUCAAAGAGAAGGUUUAUGGAAAGCAGAAGAUUUACUUUGCCAACCAGGACCAGUUUCCAAUAGUUGCGGAUAAUGAACUGAAGGACCUGGACCAGAAGAUCGUGGAGCUCAAUCAAGGGAUAAAGGAGAAUCAGCAGGUCUGCAAGGAGCUGGAUACAGAACUGCGAGGAUUGACUAACUCCAUGGUCACCGAAGACCUAAAGGGGGAGACAGAGCGGCUGCGUGCAGACUGCUCCGCACUAGAGGAGCGGCUCAACACGAUCAAAAACUCUUCUAAUGUCGUCACGCCGGAGGAGAAGGAAGAGGUGUACAAACAUAGAGUUCAAUAUGUGAAGGAGUGGAGAAGAAGAAAGAGAAUGGCUACAGAUAUGAUUGAUGCAGUUUUGGAAGGCUACCCUAAGACAAAAAAACACUUUUACGAGGAAGUUGGCAUUGAAACAGAUGAUGAUCACAAGGUGACCAUUCCCAACAUUUAAAUUCAGUACAACUGCUUUCAUGUCUUUAAUAAACCAUUGUAUAGUUGCUUUACAAACUGUUUUUUUAUUUUUAAUGCUGCAAGCAUAUAAAGCAUUACCUCUGUCUUGUACUGGGGGAACAAUAACUCUCAUAGAGACAAUGAGUUCAACGAGAGUAUGCAGUUGUGUUGCUAUGAGUUAUACACUUAUAGUAAACCGAGAAAAUUAAUGAAAGGGUCGAUAAAAUGGCUUGAAUUUGCUGUUGUGCAAAAUUAUAUAGAUUCGAGAAUGCUUACAGUGGGUUUGCAUUUCAUAAAUGAAGCUUGUGUUGCCUUUCUGUUCAUGACUUUUAUAAAGUGAUGCCAAUUAAACUGGUAAUCCAAUUUAACGAGAUGAUAAAGGUAUGAG